GAUGGAAUAAAACGCUAGUGUUAAUGUAAUAACGCCUUUUUUCCGGAGCUUCACAUAAGUUUCAAACAAUGGUAUCUCAAGCGCUAUCAGUUCCUGCAUUUCCCACCUUCACUAUCGCUUCUCACAGCAAAAUCCCUUCCCAUCUCGCGUUUUCUCACAGAAACCCCUGCACGAUAACUUCUUCCUUGUCAAGCCCCCAUGCCCAUUCAUCAAAAAUCGGUUUAUCAAGUAAAACCCGUGGUAUUCGAUUAAAACUUGAUGAGAAAAAUACACAUGAUGUUAGUACAAGCUAUGGUGUAAUUGAAGCCAAGAAUGGGAACCCGCCAAUAUCACCAGCAGUGGUGACUCCUGGAGGAGCUAUUGAUCUCUCAUCUGUUCUGUUCAGGAAUCGUAUAAUAUUCAUAGGACAGCCCAUUAACGCACAAGUGGCUCAGAGAGUUAUUUCGCAGCUUGUGACUUUGGCUACUAUUGAUCCAGAAUCAGAUAUACUGAUGUACAUAAAUUGCCCUGGUGGAAGCACAUACUCGGUGCUUGCAAUUUAUGAUUGCAUGUCUUGGAUAAAGCCAAAGGUUGGUACAAUAUGUUUUGGAGUAGCUGCCAGCCAAGCAACACUUCUCCUUGCAGGUGGGGAGAAGGGAAUGCGCUAUUCAAUGCCAAAUUCUCGCAUUAUGAUGAGUCAACCACAGUGUGGAUUUGGGGGUCAUCCUGAGGCUGUGAGACGCCUAGUGAAUGAAGCUGUUAUAUCCCGCAAUAAAAUGGAUCAGAUGUUUAGUGCUUUCACCGGACAAACACUAGAGAAGGUGCAAGAGUACACAGAGAGGGACAGUUUUCUAUCUGCUUCUGAGGCUUUGGAGUUAGGUCUUAUCGAUGGUGUCCUGGAAACAGAGUAUUGAAUCUAGACUAUGUGCUGUAUAUUUGUAUUUCUAAAAAAGUUGAUAACUGUAACUCGCGAGUCAUGAAUAUACAACUAUUUGGAAGAUGACUUUCAUAGAAUGGUUAAUCUAGUUUUUCUUCUGCUGCUUUUAUGAA